AUGCGUUAUUUGCCCCUGAAACCUAGGCUGCAGCGAUUAUAUAUGUCGACGCAUACUGCCACAGACUUGAGAUGGCACAAGAAAAAACGGGUAGACGACGAUGUGAUGCGUCAUCCUGCAGAUGGGGAGGCAUGGAAAGCGUUCAAUCGAACGUUCCCCGAGUUUGCUGCUGAUCCCCGAAAUGUUAGAUUGAGACUUGCAACUGACGGAUUCAAUCCGUAUGGGGAAGAUGUAACUUCUGGUUGGCACGCUGGAAAAGUUUGUUACCUUGGUCAUCGGAGAUGGUUACCAUGGGACCACGAGUGGCGGGGAAAGGAUAAAGAGUUCGACGGGAACAUAGAGCGUCGCCUCAGACCUAGAGAAUGGUCCGGUGAUGAGAUCUUGGAGCAGCUUAACCGUUUGGAUUUUGCUCCGUUCGGGAAAACAGUUAGUCGGACCAAACCUUCUACACAUUUGAACUGGAUGCACAAGUCUAUGUUCUUUGAGCUCCCAUAUUGGUCGAAACUAAAAUUGAGGCACAAUCUCGACGUUAUGCAUGUUGAGAAAAAUGUGUUUGACACAUUGAUGGGUACGAUUCUAGAUAUUGAGGGCAAGCCAAAGGACAUCAUCAAAGCUCGUCCUGAUUUGGAAAGAAUGGGCAUACGAAGGGGAUUAUGGAUGAAUAGGGACAAUGAUAAAGCUAGAAGGGAUCUUGCAUUUUUUUUCCAUGAAACCGAAUGA